CCCUUCCUUGAGCUGUCCUCUCUGUGCACGCGCGUGGUCCUCCCCAACACCAUCACCAGCAUCCACCACCACCCCUCCCUCCAACACUAGGUCGAGUCGAGGAGGAGGAGGAGGAGGAAGAAGAGGAGGAGGAGGAGGAGGGAUGAGGCGCGCGGUGGAGGGGAAAUGGCUGCCGAAAACAAGCCGGAAGGACUGAAGAAGAUAAGAAAUCCAGAGCGAAUGGUCAGGAUUGCUGUUGGUUAUACCGGACACACCCCUCCCAAGAGUGAUGACACUGACGCCAACAAUGAGCCGGGCCAGUUAAAGAUCUACCUUCCCAAGAAGCUCCUGGAGUGUCUACCCAAAUGUUCCUCUCUGCCCAAGGAGCGCCACCGCUGGAACACCAAUGAGGAGAUCGCUGCAUAUCUCAUCACAUUUGAGAAGCAUGAUGAGUGGCUGACAACCUCGCCAAAAACCAGGCCUCAGAAUGGCUCUAUGAUCCUCUACAACCGUAAAAAGGUGAAGUACAGGAAAGAUGGCUACUGCUGGAAGAAAAGGAAAGACGGGAAGACCACCCGAGAGGAUCAUAUGAAGCUUAAAGUCCAGGGGGUAGAGUGUCUGUACGGCUGCUACGUCCACUCCUCCAUCAUCCCCACCUUCCAUCGUAGAUGCUAUUGGCUGCUGCAGAACCCAGACAUCGUGCUGGUGCACUACCUGAAUGUACCUGCAGUGGAUGACAGCGGGAAGCCAUGCGGUCCCGUCCUCUGCUCUAUCAACACAGACAGGAAGGAGUGGGCCAAGUGGAGCAAGGAGGAGCUCAUUGGUCAGCUCAAACCCAUGUGUGCUGGGAGCAGCCUGCAUCAGAAAUGUUCCAGUGUCAAGCAGCGCAUCAUCUCAUCCAAGCAGGAGUUAGGAGGAGCAGUAGGAGGUGGAACAACUAUAGGAGCCGGCGUUGCAGCGGGCCAGAGAGCUGAGGAAGCAGAUGGCACAGAGGUCCAGAACAGCGACGUGUCCGAGGGCCAGACCGAGCCCAAUCCUGGCGGGGGGAGGAGCAGAGCAGGUGGAGGAGAGAGGAGGAAUGGCAGGAUAACCAAACCCUCCUUACUCCCACAGAGCAGCAUGGAGGUGUCGUCUUCUACCUCCACCAACCAGGUGGAGGUACCCGACACCACCCAGAGCUCCCCACUGUCGAUAACGAGUGACAUGGCCGACAGCCCUGCUCUUGCCAUCGGGGCGGGAUUAUCACAGAGCACUGCGGUGUUUAUGUCUGAAGUCACCACACUGACUGGGGAUUCGGUCUACUCUGCUGGCCACACACAACUGCUGGCAUCCACCCAUGAGAGCACCACUACUGGUAUUCUGUUAGCUGUUGCCCCGGACAACCAGAGAUUUGCAUCUUUUCCUGGAGGUGUAGGCUUAGGGGAGGGAGGGGAGUUGGUUCUGUCCAGCUCUUUGGACACUGGCGUUGGUGUCAGCCUUCCUGAAACCACCAUGACCUUUGACCCUGAUUGCUUCCUCAACAACCCCAAGCAGGGUCAGACUUAUGGCGGAGGAGGGAAGACGGAGGGUUGUAACAGUGAAGAUGGAGGACUCCACUGCUCCUCCAAUGGCUUUGUUUACAACCCAGCCCUGGUCAACAACAUCAAGACUGAAGCUACACCUCUGGAGCAGCCGCUGACCACCCAGAGCGGCUAUGUGGGAGAGGGAGCCGGGCUCAGCCCCAGUACCACCCUGGAACAGAUGGACUUCAGUGCUGUCAUGUCAUCAGCCUGUGUCUCAGGUCUGACCCAGCCUGGGCACCACUCUUCCCCAGGCAUCUUCCUCCAAACUUCCUCCCAAACGAGCAAGCCCACUCAGCUUCAAACCAACGGUACGAAGGCACCCCAAGAAUCUGGUGAGGCCCGGGCUUAUAUAGGCCUGCCCCCGGUGGCAGCUGACUCACCUGUCACCAAUGGAGAUCUGCACACUCACCUCCACCAAGCCAGCACCGACCAGCAGGCUUUAUGUGCAAGGAAUGGUCAGGCAGCAGUGGUGGGCUCGUUUCCCAUGGCGACACAGGACACCUCCUUGGAACAGUCGGGCAGCAGGGGCCAUCAGCAGGUGGGGGUGUUAGACAAACCUGCUGAAAAUGGAGAAGAGUUACUCCUCAAGGAUCCUCAUGAGACCUACACAAGUGUUGACACCAAGCAUUACCUCCAGCCCACAGAAGACACUGGAGGGGGUGACAAUGGUGGAGGAGGUGGCGAAGGAGGAGGAGGAGUGGAAAAUGAAAUCAUAUGUAAUGGCGUAGGCUUGUCAGGGGCCAGCAGCUCAGUGGGGGCCAGUCCUCAAUCAAUAGCUGCAGGUGCAAACAUCGAGGGGGGGCUCUAUAGCUCUCCUCUCCCUCAGCAAGGAGUAGGGGUGUCCGCCCCAUCAGCAGGGGCAGGAGCAGCCAUCAGUCUGGAAGGAUUCGAGGCUUCGUUCGGGAGCCAGUUCUCCGAUCUGAUAAAUGAUUUCAUCUCAGUGGAGGGGUCUGGGGGUGGGGUGGGGGCAGCUGUCUCUGGGGUUCUGAUGCCCCAGGAAGGGGCAGCAGGAGAGGAGCAGGGUGCAGGAGCAGGCCACCUGCAGGGCUCAGAGGUGGAGCAGGGAGCGCUGGGACUCCUCCAUGAGACGGGCAGACUGUUUGGUGUGACAGACUACUCCCCUGAGUGGUCCUAUCCAGAGGGAGGGGUGAAGGUUCUGAUUACAGGUCCAUGGUUGGAGUCAAAUAGUGAGUAUAGCUGCCUCUUUGACCACAUCAGUGUUCCUGCUGCCCUGAUCCAGCCCGGGGUGCUGCGCUGCUACUGCCCAGCUCAUGACACAGGACUAGUGAUGCUGCAGGUGGCCAUGGGUGGUGAGGUCAUCUCUUCUUCUGUGGUGUUUGAAUAUAAAGCACGAGACCUUCCUGCCCUGCCGUCUUCGCAACACGACUGGCUGUCACUGGAUGACACCCAGUUCAGGAUGUCUAUCUUGGAGCGCUUGGAGCAGAUGGAGCAGAGGAUGGCUGAAAUGACCAAUCAGAACCCCAGCUCAGAUGCCAUGGCAACCAAGGGCGGAGGAGUGGAUGGGGGAGGAGCCUCAGAUCAGCGGUCUCAAAUUUCUCCUGAUCACGGCACAUUUGAAGGUCGUGUGGUGGUGGUGUGUGAGAAGAUGAUGUCUCAGUCAUGUUGGGCCUCUUCCAAUCAGCUCAUCCAUAAUAAGAACUCCAGAGGAAUGACGUUACUGCAUCUGGCUGCAGCGCAGGGUUACGCGGGGCUCAUCCAGACACUCAUUCGCUGGCGCACAAAGCACGCCGACAGUAUUGACCUUGAGCUGGAAGUGGAUCCUCUCAACGUCGACCACUUCUCGUGCACGCCGCUUAUGUGGGCUUGUGCUCUGGGUCACACCGAGGCAGCGCUGAUUCUUUACCAGUGGGACCCGAGAGCUCUCGCCAUUCCUGAUUCUCUGGGACGCUUGCCGUUGAACAUUGCCCGAUCCCGCGGUCACACUCGACUGGCUGAGCUCUUGGAGCAGCUGCAACAAAGUCCUCAAACUCAGGGCCAGCCUGCAGAGAGUUGGAUGGAUAGAUGGAGAGGAGGAGCCCAGACUGGGGGAACUAGCAGCGACCCUGCCACCAACCCAAACUCAGAGAUGAGGAGAAACCGAGCAGAGAGACAACAGGACAACCAGAACCAGAGCUGGGGCCAAACUGGACAAAGAACCCCACCAGAACCCCAGGGAGAGCAAGGAGAUCCACCCCCAGCCAAGAGACUCAAAUCCAACCCAACGAGCCAGCAACAACUAGCUAACUCACCCCCCAGCGCCAGCCCCAUCAACUCCCACCUCAACUUUUCUCCGAGUCCUAAUCCUCAACAUUCCAUCCUCCUCAAAUCCUUACAGACUCAAUCCUCUAACCACAGCUGCCAGAAUGCACCUCUUUCCAGCUCCAGCUCCAGCCGGCCUCAGCUCCCCGGUGCCCCAUUCUCCCACCUGCAGGCCAGGAUAGGGGAGUCUGACGGGGGCAGCAGAUGGAGCCUGAGACAGGCUCUCGGGCACCACAGUCUAGCCAGAAGGAUUCAAGGAAAAGAGCGAUUGGCUCUUUACCUGCACCAGAGAGUGCUGUCUGAUAGGGGAGAGGAGACAGAGUUGCUCACCUAUCACGAUAACACAGAGGAUAUACAGGUGGACAUUGCAAUGCUUGCUGAUCACUUCAUGGGUGCUUCAGCUGAGAGCCUUAAGCAGGCUGUGGACACUGAAGCAGAUGCUGGGAAGGUUGAGAUCAGCAGUGAUGUAAAGUCACUGUCAGGCUAUCUCAGUGAGGUAGAAAGGUUUCUAAAGUUCAAGCCCCAGACUCCUAGCCCCAAACCAAAUUCCCUCUCAGGGCUGGAGGAUCAGCAAAGUCCUCGAGCUAACCAAGCCGCGCCCUCUCCAUUUGAUUGGAGCUCUUUCGUCUGUGCAGCUAUGAAAGAGGAGAGGUUAAAAACAAACUCCUCUUGUCUAGCCAUGACUGAAGCCGAGCAGCAAGAGCUGUGUGAGACCAUCAGACAUGCUCUGCACUCCCUCAGAAAACACAAGGGUCCCAUUCAGGAGCAACACAAAGAGGUUGCGGCAGUGAUCCAACGCUGUUAUAAAAGAUACAAGCAGUAUGCACUUUAUAAAAGGAUGACCUUAGCAGCCAUCCUGAUCCAGAGUCGUUUCCGGAGUUUCCACGAACAGAGGAAGUUCCGGCAGAGUCGCAGGGCAGCGGUCCUCAUCCAGCAAUACUACCGCUCCUAUAGGCACUCCCUCAGCAGCCUCAUAACUAAAAAACAAAACCAGGCUGCUCGCAAGAUCUUGAGGUUCCUGCUCCGCUGCCGCCAUAGCCCCUUGAUGGACCACAGGCCUCUGAACCAGGGCCAGAGAGCAGAGAAAGGCCAGGGGUCCUGAGCCCAUCAGCAGGCCCUGCACACAGCCCCCUCAGCCUGUGAGCAAUCUAUUCCCCCUCCUCCUCCCUAAACCCCAUCCUUUCCCCAAAUCCUAAUUCUCUUUCCCACUUCUUCCCUUCUCCCUCCCACAUCCCUGCCCUCUCCUCUCUAGAGGAAAAAAAACUCUUCCCAGACAGACUGAGGACAGGAUAGGUGUCCAUCAUGGCAGCUCAGACAGACAGACUGCUGGGCAGAGCCCAGGAACCCGGCUCUGCCCACAGCACUGAUCCUCCUCCACAGUUUAACUGGGGAGGCCAUCACAUUAACCUCAUGGCAUUCUUUGCACUCUUCAUGGGUAUGUUUCUUUGCAAAAGCAAGAUGACGAGUCAGACAAGAAAAAAAAUGAAUAAACAAACGGGAGGAAGUGCCUGUGGACGACGUCCCGCUGUUGAAGGCGGCAGCUGGGUGUGCUGAAAUGCUCUGGUGAAGAACAAAAGCUGGCUCAAGAGAAAGGCUACGUCGACAUGCAGAAGAAAAAAAAACACAAUACCCGGCGUGUUUUGUAUCCAAACAGAUCUGUGAAAGAAAAAAAAAAGAAAAUAUAAACCAAAAAAGCUCACUUCUAUGUUGCAUUUGCAUGCAAGGUUUUUUCCGCUUAUUCCUCCUCUCCAUCAUCCUGCAGAGCUACAGUGGCAAAAAUCAUCAGUACUUCACAAUAUCACCAAGCACUGACUCACAGGCUUACAAACCUACUAGUCACCCAAUCAAAAAAAAGGGGAGGAACUGCACUUGAAUGUAAGAGGAGCAUUGUUAGGAAAGGGGGAAGUGGUCUGAAUAACGAUGUCUUAAUUUGCUACAUGGACUUUGUAUGAAGUCGUUCUUAGAGGCAGCACUUUGCUCGCCCGACGUGGUGUGUCCGUGUUCGUUCAAUUCGAUGCAUGUGUUUGAGCUAUGAGCUCCUGCAUGCUUGCCAAACUGCUUUAGUGUUGUUUCUUUUUGUAUUUCUAUGUGUAGUUGUGUCUCAUGUCUUCAUCAAACUAUCCUUGCCCUGUGUAAUGUGAACUGUGUAAGGACAAACGACUUAUUUUGGGUGCUUAAUUUAAUUAAUCAAUUUAUUUAAGGGUCUAAUUAUUUCUUUAACUGGCUCAAGAGUGGUUCAGCUCGAGGCUGGUAUUUCUCUCCCCCCGUGUGAUAAAAUACGACAUGUUCCAACGGUUAAAUGUCUCUGUUAGUUUGUUCUGCGUGAACCUCCAAAUGCUGACUUUGGUUUUGAGGAGAUAGUCACAUACCAUUGCCUUGACUUCUUCUUGACACUGAGAGGUCUCUAUGCUUGCUCUGUACAGGACAUGGGUCCUAUACCUGCCCCUAUAAAGGGCACUGGUCCCCAUAUUAUUAGCCCAUAUGGGCAAUCAAAUCCAUAUUUUGGACUAUUGCAUAUUUCUGUAUAUAAAUUGACGAGGUAAGGGGAUACAAGGACCCUGAAACUUUUUCAUAAGAGGACUGUAUUUAAGAUUAUAAAUUAUUUUAAUCCCGUAAACAAGAGACCUGGGUACACAGGAUGGCUGUAUUGCUUGUAAAUAAUGUAGAUAUAACAAAGCGGAGUCAUGAUAAUGCAUGAGAUUUAAGACAAAGAAACAGCUAAAAGAACACGGUAGUGGCUAUGGACUGUGAGAGGAUUUUAACCGCUUCACUUUGAGAGUAUCCAGCAUUAAGUGUUACCGAAAAGAACAUUUUUGUUAAAGCAUGCAAACGAAAACGCUAAUGUUAGAACUAUAAGUGGGAAAACAAAGUAUGCUGAAACCACGAUCUUUCAGACUAAACAUUUAAACUUUGUGUUUUUGUUUCAUGGCUAGCAAAAAUUAAAAACCCUUUUUGCCAGUAGUGCCAAUUUAUUAUGAAUGCUAUUUUUGCCUAACAAUACAGUAUGUUAUGUUGGGGAAACUUACAACCCAAAACGUUAUCCGUUAGACGCACAGAAGCAGCGCACACUGAUGAUAGACCGAGGAGGCUCGUGCUAGCUGAACCGUAGACCUGCAAGCUCUGAAGUUUGUUUCAGGCAGACUUACUCAUGGAAGACGAUUGUGUUGAUGCAAGUAUAUUUUUAAAAUAAAUGGCGCUACGAGUGAUGAUGACUCUGAAGUUUAAAUGGGAAAGUGGCGACUGGUGACCCCCGUAGAGGAGAAGAGGGUGCUGCAUCCUUUUACAGCGUGGUUGUGUUUCAGCAACAUCCUGGCUUUUAUUAAGACCAUCAGUCGUGCGGAUCCAGCCUGGCCUCCAGUCACAGCUUUCCAUCUCCAAACAGAAUGUCUCUUACCCACUUUUUAAUGUUUCGUUUGGUGGAUUUUGUUUGAUUUUCACCUCAUUGUCACUGCCAUAAAUAUAAAACGUGUACUUUAGACAUCUGGAAAGCUGUUUAGAAAGUGCCUGCUCAACAACAGAAAACUAAUAUCAGGAAAUGAUCUAUUGUACAUUCUCCGAGACGUUCCCAGUUAUCUGUUUUAUUUUCCUAAAUUGUGUGUUCACAAAUGGAGUUGACAGUGUUGAUUUGAUUCUAUGUUAGGAGCCCUGAUUUGUCUGGAAUGAAUGGAUGCUCGUGGCCUGAUUGAUGCUGUGUGUAAUCAAAAAAAAAGACAGUAUCAUUGUACGCCUCCGUGUGUAUUUAGGAGUUGUGGAGGAAGAAAAUUCUGCUUCUGUGUAUGAAAGGUACCUUGGCGAUUCUGUUCACAGCAUCACUGUUGGAUGGGACUGCAUGUUUUCUGUUGAGUUUUGCCCCUAGAUGAGACAUUUUGCAGCGUUGAAAUGAAACUCAUCCUAACUAAAAACCCUCCAUCAAGUUUAUUUCUUUGCCUUGUUUCUGCCACUCGCAGAUGUUGCACCACCAUGCAUACUUCCUCAAACAUAAAUGUACACAGUUCUGCACACACACAAAAGUGACCACCCUCUUUCUCUCGUGUGCUUUUGUCUAUGGGAACAAAGAAAUCUCUCCCUUAGAUUUUACUCAGGGUUGAACAACAGGGAGACGGUGUGCAAAACCCGCUGGCACAUCUGGUUGACUGUGUACAUUUUGCAGGGAAGUGUGCAUGUGCACAUACCUAGGGAUAGUCCAGUUCAGUAUUUAACAUCUACAGCUUUUAAUGGGUUCGUGUUUGACACAUACUUUCUAAAAUCCCAGUUUUUAUUUAGCACAGCAGCAAAUCUGUUUACUGGAUCAAAAAGGAAAAAAAGAGCUCCAAAUUCUUUGUAGAAUUUUGCCUAAAUUUGAUUUGAAGUAAUAAAAAAUAUAUUUAUACAGUUCCUCUUACCUUGAACACACAAGAUCCCUCAUGUGGGCAUUUUUUAAUAAUGUAAAAAUAGAUGAUAAAAUAUCAAAGAGAUGAUAAGAUUGUGCUCUACAUGUUUUCUGAUUAUUCAUCAUACUGAGAGACAGCUGUGGGAAAAUCCAGACACUAUUUAUACACUUAACUUCUCAUAUCAGUAAAACUAAAGAUUUCUUUCUGAACUUCUUUGUAUAUCGUGCACACACACACACACACACACAGGCGUCUAAAUGCUCCUCAGCUCAUACGACACACACACACAACCCCGGAUACAGACUACUCAUCUGUGUGUUCACGUUUUUGGAGAGGGUGGUGACUGUGAAACAAGUUUGCAGUUUAGAUUAAAUAAAAAGUAAGAACUGUUGCCAUAUUACAGGUGGUAGACAUGUGCAGAGAUCACCUCUGUUCUUCUAAAUCUGCCUAAAAAUGACAUGUGUAACCUUUCAGGCCUUGUUUCAGGAGAGCGUGGCCAAACACCACAUUGCAUGCUAGAAUGGUAGACCCUUAUAGAUGAUAAUCUUUGACUAGACCUCUCCUCCUCUCUCGCCCUCCGUUCUCCCUUUCUCUCUCUCCCUCCAUCAUCUGCUGUCUCACCACCCUGCCUGCCUGCGGUUGUGUUCUCCAUGCCUAUCUCAGCUGCUCAUUCCUUUAUGGUUUUCCUUUUUUGUAGCCUAGUUUGGGAUCUUUCUUUGUUUUACAAACAUGCAUGCACAAGCAUCACUAACUUGUUGAUGUUUUUAAAAGAAUAUUUUGUUGCUGAGGCCAUGCAAAGUGUUUUCAAUAUUGCCCUUAUAUGUGGAAUAUGUCUUCUGAAUGCUUUACAUAAUUUCUGCUGUAAAAUUAAAUCAGAAUAAAAAGAAAAUUUGCACUUUA